AUGUCUAAUUUGAUCAGGUUGCAGCGGGAGUAUGUGUUGAGCACGAUAGACUCUAUAGAGACUGAUCAUGGGCUGAAGUUUCUUGUUAUUGAUGCGGAGGUGAAGCGGUUCUUUGAUAUGCUGAACCUGACUGAGCGGGAGCUGUUGAGCCAUGUGACUUCUGUGGAUUUCAUUGAUUCCAAGUCGCGGAAGGGGCAGCCUGGAGUGUCCGCUGUGUACAUGUUGAAAGCGACGCAGUUCAACAUCAAUUGCAUGGAUGUGGACUUCCAGAACAGGCCCCCCAAGUAUAAGAACGCCCAUGUGCUCUUUCUCGUUGGUAUUGGCGGGACUUUGUCCGAGUUUUACAGGAGCAAGCGAUUUGUCACCCAGUUCACCAGGUCUGUGAAGAUGCUUAAUAUGAACUUCAUGGUUAAGGAAUCGCAGUACUUUCAGGCGUAUGAUAUAGACAAGCCCUUGCAGCUAUUGUUUAACCCCAAUUGUAGGGACCUGAUUGACGAUGUGGUCGAGAGAACGGUACGAGCAUUACUGACCAUGUGUGUCAUGACGGGAGAGUACCCAAUUGUCAGAUAUUACAACACUGGUCUCUGCAGAAGGAUCGCCACCGAUUUCCAGGAGUCUCUAGAUGAUCACGCCAGAAACAACGAGGAUUUCUUUACAGAUAACUCGAGACCAAGGUCAGUUAUGGUAAUCGCAGACAGAACAGUGGACAUGUUUGCACCAUUCUUACACGAGUUUACAUACCAGGCAAUGGCUUAUGACCUUUCGGAUAACAUCACUGCCUCUGACGACAUAUACACGUACGAAGUUGAAAAUGAAGCCGGGGAGAAACAGGUAAAGAAGACACCGCUGCUUGACAUAUAUGAUGAAGACUGGGCGCAGACAAAGCAUCAACAUAUCACCGAUGUGCUUAAAUAUGUAGACGGUAAAAUUAAUGAACUGAUUGCCCAGAACCCCAAACUGGUAGACAGGUCGAAGGCCAAGAAUGCUGCUGAUUUGGGUCUGAUCCUUGCACACCUAAGUGGGUUUGACGAAGAGAGAAGAAGAUAUGCAGCGCACAAGGAGCUGGUCACCGAAUUGUUGCAGAUCAAUUCCCAGCGGAAACUUGCCGAAUGGGCGCAUAUUGAGCAAAACAUCGCCGGUUUCGGUCUAGAUGCUCAAGGGCAUAAGUGCAAACAUUUAACAGAUGAACUUAUAGAGGUAUUAGCUAGGAAAGAACCCGACACUUUGGACAAGAUCCGUUGUAUUAUAUUAUAUGCUAUAUUCAGGGGUGGUUUGAUAGAGCUUGAUUUUAUCAAGUUGUUAACGUUUAUCGGUGUAAACGAGGAGCAUGAAUUCUUCCAUAGCUUUAUGAUCCUUUUCAAGAACAUUGGCAUGCUGGGCAUUAACAUCAUCAAAGAAGAUCCUAAGACCAAACCAUUCAAGAAAGUUUGGUUUAGCGACACAAUUAUAGACGACCCUAAUGUGUUUGACACUUCUAGGUAUAUUCCCGCUGUCGGUAACAUCUUAUCUAAGAUCAUCACAAAUCCGUUACUGCUAGAUGAAGAGUCCUUCCCAUAUGUGAAGGACAAGCCUAUCGAACUUCUUGAUGAGGAAGAGUUAGGAGAAGGUCCACAUUUGGCCACACAGAAUUCUACUUCGCUGAGAAAAACGCGGCACAGAGCUAACUGGACCAAGAGAAAUGAGCCUGUCGACAGGUCUCCACGCCAACGUUUCUUCUUUUACAUGGCUGGUGGUAUUACCUAUAAUGAAAUAAAAUCUGCAUAUGAUCAGUCCUUACUGAAGAAUAAGGAUGUCUUCAUUGGUAGUGACGGUAUUUUCACGCCCAGAUCAUUUAUGAGAAGUAUAGAGAAGUUGGAUGCCCCAAGGGAAGAGCUUCACCUUAACGACGACAAGAAGGUAAAUGACAGGCCACCGGAGUUCUUAUUCCAGGACAUUGCCCCUACUAUUGAGAGGCCAACGCAUGUGCAGAGAGUUCCGAUCCAUCCCGACCAGUCCAAACAGCAACUGACACCUGAAAAACCCCAGGAGCCGUCCAGUCCUAAGAAGAAGAAACGCAGUAAAUUCAACCUUUUCAAGAAAAAGGAUAAAUAG